AUGGAAGAACUCAAGAUAACCUUGGAGGAAACUAUAUCAAUAAGGCCAAGCAAACAGCCUGAAAGACAGACUAUCCAACUCUCCCGUCUGGACAGGAUAUCUCCUGCAAUUCUUUACACCAUCUUCUUUUACAAGUCUCAGUUCAACAAUGAAAAAACAUCUUCUUCUUCUUCAGAUGAUGUUGUUGACAGAGCCAAAACAGCUCUGCAAAAGGUGCUCAUUUCGUGGUUUCCUACAGCGGGGAGGCUUAGAAUCAACGCGGAAACAGAAAAGCUAGAGAUUGAUUGUAAUAACCAAGGUGUCACUGCAAUAACUGCAAAAACCGGUUCAAAGCUUGAAGAGCUUGGGAGGCUAUGUGAAUAUAAGCCUUGCUAUGAAAAACUGGUUCCUCAGCUUCCUGAUGCUGAAGAUAUAUCAAAAAACCCAUUAGUUGUUGUGCAGAUUACAAGGUUUGCUUGUGGAGGGUUUUCAAUUGGUUUUGGAAGUAGCCAUACCCUAUUUGACGGCAUUGGGGCAUUCAAUUUUCUAGCAUCUUGGGCUCAUAUAGCAACCGGGAAAGAUGAAUCCGAUCUUAUAGUGCCCAACCAUUCAAGAAAUGCCCUCUUGAAUGCUAUUUGCACUCCUUAUUCAACCCCCAUAGCUACUUCAAUCUAUGAACAAGACCAUAUUGCAGCUAUUCAAGAUCUCUAUAGAAUACCUAUGCAAGCCAUGGCAUCUGAUGAUAGGCGUUGGGAAACCGAGCUUGCGAAAUUCAGCCAAAUUGACCCACAAGGAGGGCUCCAACUAAUCUCACUUAGCAUUAAGAAGGAAGUUGUUGAGGCGUGGAAGGAAUUAGUAAUUGAAAGAGGCAAGCUCUUGAAGUGUUCUACUUUUGAUCUUCUAUGUGCACAAAUUUGGAAGGCAAGUUGAGAUUUCUUUUAGCCUUUAUUGCACUAGUUUAAAUAGAAUUGGAAGCAUUUAUUUUAUGCUCA